GUGAGUUGACCUGGACGCUGCUCUAAAUAAACGCCCAAUAAAUUCAGUGAUUGGUCAUUAUAUAAAUAAUUAACCUAUAAAAUAAUGAACAUUGGGUGCAGUGAAAUUGGAAUGUUUUUCAGUGUAUGUGUAUGUAUUAGAGUCAAAUUGUAUCCGUGUGACAAUUGAAAAUAAAGAUUAUCUUAAUGAGGUAUGACAAACCACCAUGCGAUGGAUAAUUGGUGGCUGGAUGUGCUUUUGUAUGAUUCAGACAAAAGCAUUAGACCCUUCAAAACUAUUUGAUUUUGGAACUGAUUUAUUUCGGCAAUAUCCUCGUAAUCCAAACGAAGGUUUUAUACAAGAUUACACGCCGAAAGAUCAAGAGGAAUUUGAUUUCAUAAUAGUUGGAGCAGGUUCGGCAGGAUGUGUGCUAGCAAAUCGGCUGACGGAAAUUGCAGACUGGAAUGUGCUUCUUAUAGAAGCUGGAGGCAAUGAAAACUUUUUUACUGAUAUUCCAAUUUUUGCUCCAUUCCUUUCAAUAACGCCUUUGAAUUGGGGUUACAAGUCAGAACCAGAGAAAAGAGCGUGCAAAGAUUUAAGAGGAAAAGUAUGUUACCUGCCCAGAGGCAAGAUUCUCGGUGGGAGUAGCGUGUUAAACUUCUUAAUAUAUCAACGAGGUCAUCCUGAUGAUUUCAAUGACUGGGUUAAAAUGGGCAAUCCAGGUUGGAGCUACUCAGAGGUGCUUCCUUAUUUCAAGAAAUCUGAAAAUAUCAGGAUUCCUGAAUUAAAGAAUUCUUCAUAUCAUGGUCGAGGUGGUUAUUUAGAUAUAGAUUAUGCUCCUUUUAAGUCUCCUCUUGAGAUACCUUUUAGAAAAGGUGCUGAAGAACUCGGUUAUAAAUGGAAUGAUCCUAACGGAGAACAGGUUAUUGGGUUCACAAAACCGCAAGCUACGAUGAGGAAAGGCAGGAGAUGUAGCAGUUCCAAAGCAUUUUUAGAACCAGUGCGGUUUCGCCGAAAUUUAAAAGUGACAAAAUUUUCGACUGUGGAAAGAAUAUUGAUCAAAUCUCAAACCAAAUAUGCAUAUGGAGUAGAGUUUAGGAAACAUAAUAAAAGACUGCAAGUCCGAGCUCGUCGGGAAAUAAUAAUGGCUGCAGGCAGCAUAGGUUCCGCGCAGCUAUUGAUGCUGUCGGGAAUAGGGCCUGCGGACCACCUGAUGGAUAUAGGAGUCAAACCUAUAUUAGAUCUACCCGUGGGUUACAAUUUGCAAGACCACGUUACCUUUUCUGGUAACGCCUUUCUAGUCAACGAUAGCGACCUUACCGUAAGCGAUUUAAAAGCUGCAUCGCCCGCUUCAGCGGCAGCCUACCUAGCCGGCCAAGGGCCAUUGACUUUGCCUGGUGGGUCGGCCGGUCUAGCGUUCAGCAGAACCAAAUAUGCCUAUGAUGACCCGUCCCCUACUCGACCCGAUGUAGAACUAGUCAUGGGAGGUGGUUCCAUCGCCGGUGAUUUAUUUGGAUCCUUAAGGGCUACAGUUGGUAUAACUGAUGACUGGUGGUCUCAUGUCUAUUAUAAACUUUCUCUUCGGGCAAGGCAGCAGUCGUUUGCCCUCAAUCCAGUUCUGAUCAGACCACGGAGUGUUGGGAGGUUGACCUUGAGAAGCGCUCGAUUCUCAGAUCAUCCUAAGAUACAGUUGAACUACUUUGAAGAUCCCCGCGAUAUGGGAGUGCUCAUCGAGGGAGUACGCUUGGCCCAAAGAGUGAUAACAACGAAGGCAUUCCAACGGUACGGCACGCGGCUCCACGACACGCCAUUCCGAGGAUGCGAGCACUACACUUUCGAUUCGGACAAAUACUGGGAAUGCGCCAUAAUGCAGACUUCCAUUACAUUGGAUCACGAGGUUGGCACAUGCAAAAUGGCACCUUUGGGCGAUCGUACAGGAGUUGUAUCUCCCAGACUAUUAGUCCAUGGCAUGCAAGGGCUCAGAAUCGCAGACGCGUCAAUCAUGCCUCGAAUACCAGCCGCGCACACGCAUGCCGCAGUCGUCAUGAUCGCAGAGAAGGCUGCAGACCUCAUAAAAGAAGACUGGGGCAUGCUCAGCAAGAAGUGCACUCAUUGUUAAAUAAACAACCAAAAAUUUGUUGUAUAAUAAAGACAAAAUAACAAUACCUUAU